UAUGGUAAUAUCCUCCUCAGGAGGAGGAGAAGGAGGAGGAGGAUAGACGCAAGAGAGCCGCGGAGCCAUUUUGUAGUCAUUUUUAAACUCCGUGGGCUGGAACGCAGCUGCUGCGCGCGGUGGAUCCACUGACACUAUGGAUACAAGUUAAAACUUCCAACAUGAAGGAUAAACGUAAAACGCGCCGCUGGGAGAGGGAGAGUUAACACAAAAAGUUGUCUUGUGGAUAUGUCAAGCAUGGAGCUGUGGAGCUUUUGGAUUUGGGUUUGUGCCCUCAACGCGCAGCUUGUGGCAUGUUUGGAGCUUCACCUCACGGAGACUUUACAAGCCGGGACCCUCUUGGCGAACCUGUCCCUCGGACAGGGAUGGACCUAUAAACUUGACAGGACUUUAUCUCCCGAAACCACACGAGAUAUUUUCCAAGUUGGGAAGCACAGUGGACUUAUCAGGCUGUCCCAGGAAGUGGAGUGUGCGCGCAUGCUGAGGAACCCUGCGCCUGUUCACUUCAGAAGCAAUUCACUUACGUCUGGAGAUGUGAUCUUGACACAUUUCAACGUGUUUGUCCACGGACAGGACUGUUUUAUUAAAUACAAGAGAAAGACAACCGCAGACAAGGUGGACAUUCACAUUAAACACUCUUUAAAACUGGGGGUAACUUCCUGUCUACCUGCAGGGGAUUUGCUUUUUAACACAACAGAACUUUUACCUUCUUUAACAAGGAGCACCACCUUCCUGGACACUAUGUGUGUUGGACAACAUUUUGCCGCACUGUUUAGACAUGGAGGUUUGUUUUUUGCCAGUGACUUGUGUCCUGAGAGUAUGAAGACAGUGGAUUUGGACUGUCUGCUACACAGUUCUGAAGGCAUCCGACUCAACAUGCAGCUCACUUUGGCUUUUGGAAAAGUGUCUAAACAUGGAUCCGUACAAGAAACAGUUGAGGAAAUGACUGGGGAAUCAACCCGGAGAGGUAAGCGACAUGUGAACACGUCCCCCCAGUUCCAGCUACCGAACUACCAGGUGUCUGUACCCGAGAACGAGCCUGCCGGGACGCGGGUCAUCACCCUAAAAGCCACGGACCCGGAUGACGGUGAGGCUGGGAGGCUGGAGUACGGCAUGGAAGCGUUGUUUGACAGCAGGUCUAAUGACUUCUUCACUAUUGACACUCAGACAGGCAGCAUAGCAACCAUUCAGGCGUUAGACAGAGAAGUGAAAGACACACAUGUUUUUAAAGUGACAGUCAGUGAUAACGGGACGCCAAAAAGACACGCCACUUCUUACCUGACUGUCACUGUGAGCGACACCAACGACCACGGCCCGGUGUUUGAGCAGAAUGACUACAGAGUCAGCAUACGUGAGAAUGUAGAAGUUGGCUUUGAAGUGAUGACCAUCCGUGCCACCGACGGGGACGCCCCGGGUAACGCUAACAUGAUCUAUAAAAUAAUAAACAGCGAUGGCGUUAACGUCUUUGAGAUAGAUCCCCGGAACGGCUUGGUAAGGAUCCGAGAGCGACCAGACAGGGAGACAAGAGCUCAGUACCAGCUGAUCGUGGAGGCUAAUGACCAAGGCAAGGACCCGUGUCCUCGUAGUGCCACCGCAACGGUCCAUAUUUCUGUGGAGGAUGAGAACGAUAACUACCCACAAUUCAGCGAGAAGAGGUACGUCGUGCAGGUACAGGAGAAUGUGGCCAUCAACACCAAAGUCAUACAAGUAGAGGCGACAGACAAAGACGAAGGGAACAACGCUAAAGUACACUACAGUAUUAUCAGCGGCAAUGUCAAACGUCAGUUCUACAUCCACUCGCCUACUGGCGUCAUCGACGUCAUCAACCCUCUGGACUAUGAGAUGAUCCGGGAGUAUAAUCUGAGAAUAAAAGCGCAGGACGGUGGCAGGCCUCCAUUGAUAAAUGGCACUGGAAUGGUGGUGGUGCAAGUGGUGGACGUCAACGACAAUGCCCCCAUGUUUGUCAGCACGCCUUUCCAGGCUAGCGUUUUGGAAAAUGUAGCCAUCGGCUACUCUGUCAUUCACAUUCAAGCAAUCGAUGGUGAUUCCGGGGAGAAUGCCAGACUGGAGUAUCGGCUAACUGAUACCACUCCCGGUUUCCCGUUCACCAUCAACAACAGCACUGGGUGGAUUACAGCAAGUGAAGAGCUGGACCGGGAGACUACUGAGUUCUACAGCUUUGGUGUGGAGGCCAGAGAUCACGGCGUUCCUGUCAUGUCAUCCUCGGCAAGCGUGAGCAUCACUGUGCUAGAUGUUAAUGACAACGUGCCUACAUUUACAGAGAAGAUCUACUCGCUUAAAAUCAACGAGGAUGCUGUUGUAGGGACAAGCGUGCUGACAGUGACUGCUCUGGACCGGGAUGUCAACAGUGUAGUGACCUAUCAGAUUUCCAGCGGCAACACCAGGAACCGCUUUGCCAUCACCAGCCAGAGCGGCGGAGGUCUUAUCACUCUGGCCCUCCCGUUGGACUACAAGCAGGAACGUCAGUAUGUCUUGACAGUCACCGCCAGCGAUGGAACCCGCUCGGACACGGCGCAGGUGUUUAUUAAUGUCACAGACGCCAACACACAUAGGCCCGUUUUCCAAAAUGCUAACUACCAAGUGAUGCUCGGUGAGGAGCAACCAGUUGGAUCCACCGUGGUGGUGAUUAGCGCUACGGAUGAAGACACAGGAGAAAAUGCACGCAUCACAUACGUUAUGGAGGACAGCGUUCCUCUGUUUAAAAUAGACUCGGACACCGGCGCCAUCACGACCCAAAUGGAGAUUGAUUAUGAAGACCAGGCGUCGUACACACUGGCCAUCAUCGCUAGAGACAACGGCAUCCCGCAGAAAUCAGACACCACCUUCGUGGAGAUUAUCAUCGUGGAUGCUAAUGAUAAUGCUCCCCAGUUUCUCCGAGACAUGUACCAGGGCAGCGUGUUUGAAGAUGCACCUGUCUACACCAGCGUCCUCCAGAUUUCUGCCUCAGACAGAGAUUCUGGCUCAAAUGGCAGGCUAAGCUAUACAUUCCAGGGUGGUGAUGACGGGGACGGGGAUUUCUUCAUUGAGCAGUAUUCUGGCAUCAUCAGAACAGCUCGCAAGCUUGACAGAGAGAACGUUCCUGUUUACAAUCUGAAAGCUUUUGCUGUGGACAGGGGGGUUCUACCUCUAAAAGCAGCUGUUCCCAUACAUGUUGUCGUUCAGGACAUAAACGACAAUGCUCCAGUGUUUGAGAAGGAUGAGUUGUUUAUUGAUGUGAAGGAAAACAGCGCAGUAGGGUCCGUCAUUGCCCGGAUCACCGCCACCGACCCCGACGAGGGCACAAACGCUCAGAUCAUGUAUCAGAUAGUUGAAGGGAACUUUCCACAGAUUUUCGAGCUGGAUAUCUUCAACGGCGAACUCUAUUCACUCAUAGACCUCGACUAUGAAAUCAAAACCGAGUACGUCAUUGUGGUCCAGGCCACCUCUGCACCGCUCGUGAGCCGAGCCACCGUGCACAUCCGGCUGGUGGACAUGAAUGACAACAGGCCAGUGCUACGGGACUUUGAGAUCAUUUUCAACAACUAUGUCACCAACAAGUCCAACAGUUUCCCAUCAGGUAUAAUCGGGAGGGUACCUGCACAUGACCCGGACGUGUCGGAUAAGUUGCGGUACACGUUUGUGUCUGGAAAUGAGCUCAGUCUGCUGCUGCUUAACGAGUACACGGGGGAUUUGCGGCUAAACAAGGACUUGGACAAUGACAGACCAUUAGAGGCACCUAUGAUCAUCUCUGUCACAGAUGGUACCCACACCGUCUCAUCCCUCUGCACACUCCGCGUCACCAUCAUCACUGACGACAUGCUGACCAACAGCAUCACGGUGCGCCUGGAGAACAUGUCCCAGGAGCGCUUCCUCUCGCCUCUGCUCAGCCGCUUUGUGGACGGCGUGGCGGCCGUGCUCUCCACCAAGCGGGAGGCCGUGUUCGUGUUCAACAUCCAGAACGACACCGACGUGCAGGGCUCCAUCCUCAAUGUCACAUUCUCGGCCAUGCAGCCCGGAGGGGGCCCGGGAAAGGGGACGUUCUUUCCUUCGGAGGAGCUGCAGGAGCAGAUAUACUUGAACAGGACUCUGCUCAGGCUCAUAUCUUCUCAGGAGGUUCUGCCGUUUGACGACAACAUCUGCCUAAGGGAGCCCUGUGAGAACUACAUGAAGUGCGUGUCCGUGCUCAAGUUCGACAGCUCGCCUCCUUUCAUCUCCUCGGAUACGGUUCUGUUCCGGCCCAUACACCCCAUCAACGGGCUGCGCUGCCGCUGCCCCGUGGGCUUCACGGGGGACUACUGCGAGACCGAGAUCGACCUGUGCUACUCUGGCCCGUGCAAGAACAACGGGAGGUGUCGCAGCAGAGAGGGCGGCUACACCUGCGAGUGCCUGGAAGACUUCACGGGCGAGCACUGCGAGGUCAACGCCUCGUCGGAUCACUGUGUACCAGGCGUGUGCAAAAACGGCGGCGAGUGCGUCAACCGUCUUGCCGGCGGCUUUGUGUGCCAGUGUCAGCCCGGCGAGUACGAGAAGCCGUACUGCGAGAUGACCACGCGUAGCUUCCCCAGACAGUCCUUCGUCACCUUCAGGGGCCUGAGGCAGAGGUUCCACUUUACUGUCUCGCUCAUGUUUGCUACCAGAGAAAGGAACGCCCUGCUGCUCUACAACGGCAGGUUCAACGAGAAACACGACUUCAUCGCUUUGGAAAUCAUCGACGAACAGAUUCAACUCACCUUCUCCGGAGGUGAGACCAAGACCACGGUGUCCCCCUUCAUCCCAGGUGGCGUCAGUGAUGGCCAGUGGCAUUCUGUCCAGCUCCAUUACUACAACAAGUAUCCAAAACAAUUGGAGGAUGCCAUGGGGGAUACAGAGUGGUGCUCUACAACCUUGCAUAUCUCGUUAAAGGACGGGGGGAGUCUGGUGGACUCCAGUGGGCUUCUGCGGCUCCCGCUCUAUACCGCCUGGCUGGAGCUCGUGCAAAAGGAGGCUAACAUCGGGCGCCUGGGAAUCCCCCAUGGACCCUCCGGGGAGAAGGUGGCAGUGGUUGCCGUGGACGACUGUGACAUCUCCAUGGCAAUACGCUUUGGGAAGCAGAUUGGAAACUACUCGUGCGCUGCCCAGGGAACACAAACUGGACAAAAGAAGUCACUAGACUUGACCGGGCCGCUGUUGCUGGGUGGCGUUCCCAAUCUGCCUGAAGACUUCCCGGUCCGAAACAGACACUUUGUGGGUUGCAUGAGGAACCUGAGCAUCGACAGCAGGCCUGUUGACAUGGCCAGCUACAUCGCCAACAACGGAACCGCAGCCGGAUGUCCAGCAAAGAGAAACUUUUGCACACCUAGUGUGUGUCAGAAUGGAGGCGUGUGUGUCAGCAAGUGGAACACAUACAGCUGUGACUGUCCAACUGGUUACGGUGGCAAGAACUGUGAACAAGUGAUGCCGUCACCUCAGUUCUUUGAUGGCAAGGCUCUUAUUUCCUGGAGUGAGCCAGACGUCACCAUUGCAAUUCCCUGGUACAUGGGUCUCAUGUUCCGGACUCGGCAGCCUUCUGGCACCUUGAUUCAAGCCAACGCUGGCGCCUCCUCAACCAUAAAUCUCAUGGUGAGCGAGCAACAAGUUCGUAUGGAGGUGCUGCUACGACAACAAAUGGUGGCGUCCCUGACCUUUCCGCAAGUUCGGGUCAACGACGGGGAGUGGCACCACCUGCUGGUAGAGCUGAGAAGCGUAAAAGACGGCAAAGCCAUCAGAUACAUGGCUGCCGUAUCCCUGGACUACGGCAUGUACCAGAAGUCCAUGGUGAUCGGCAAUGACCUCCCGGGGUUGAAACUUCAAACGCUUCAUGUUGGAGGUUUGCCUGGAGAGAGCAAUCAUGUCAGGAAAGGAUUUGUUGGCUGCAUACAGGGCGUCCGCAUGGGUGAGACCUCCACCAACGUGGCCAACGUCAACAUGGCCCGCGGCCUGAAGAUCCGUGUGGAGGACGGCUGUGACCUGGCCGACCCCUGCGACUCCAACAUCUGCCCCGAGAACAGCCACUGCAGCGACGACUGGAGCACGCACACUUGUGUCUGCGAUCCGGGUUAUUUCGGUAAAGAGUGCGUGGAUGCUUGUCAGCUCAACCCGUGUGAACACGUUUCCACGUGCGCUCGCAAGCCGAGCUCCUCCCAUGGAUACACAUGCGAAUGUGGUCACAGCUACUACGGCCAGUACUGUGAAAACAAGAUGGAGAAGCCGUGUCCUCAGGGUUGGUGGGGCAGCCCCAUGUGCGGACCCUGUGGCUGCGAUACAAGCAGGGGCUUUCAUAAUGACUGCAACAAGACCACCGGGGAGUGUCGCUGCAAGGACAACCACUACCGCCCAGAAGGAGAAGACUUUUGCUACCCGUGUGAGUGCUUCUCCGUCGGUUCGGAGUCUCGAACCUGUGACCCCGUCACCGGGCAGUGCCCCUGCAAGGGCGGAGUCAUCGGUCGCCAAUGUAACCGUUGUGAUAACCCCUUUGCCGAAGUCACCCCCGCUGGAUGUGAAGUGGUGUAUGAAGGCUGUCCUAAAGCGUUUGAUGCGGGCAUUUGGUGGCCGAAGACCAAGUUUGGCCGUCCGGCUGCCAUGAACUGUCCUAAAGGAUCUAUUGGUACUGCCAUUCGCCACUGUAGUGACGAGAAAGGCUGGUUGUCGCCUGAGCUUUUCAACUGCACCACCGCCUCCUUUGCUCAGCUGAAUAAACUGAAUGAAGAACUACGCCAUAACAGCUCAAGGAUGGACAAUGAGCGAUCCAAGAACAUAGUGCGUUUGCUCCACGGUGCCACCAACAGCACCAAAAGUUACUACGGCAACGACGUGAGGACAGCCACCCAGCUGCUGAACCACGUGUUACAUUUCGAGAGUCGCCGGGCGGGAUUCGACCUCACCGCCGCAAAGGAUGCAGAAUUCAAUGAGAAUUUGGUUCGAGCUGGAAGCGCCAUACUGGACCCAGACACUAAAGCACACUGGGAGCAAAUCCAGAAAACGGAGGGCGGCACGGCUCACCUGCUUCGGAAUUUUGAGGAAUAUGCAAACACUUUGGCACGGAACGUCAGGAAAACCUACCUGAAACCCUUCACCAUUGUUACAGACAACAUGAUAUUAUCUGUAGACUACCUUGAUGUGUCGGAUCCUCAGAAGACCACGUUCCCCCACUUCCCGGACAUCCAAGAGGAAUAUCCUGAAGAGCUUGGGUCCUCAGUCCACUUCCCUAAAUUCAACACGCAGCCUCGGCAGCACAGAGUGGAGACCACUCCAGCUGCUGCAGCUCAGACGGCCACCCCAGAGGUGGAGAACCAUACAGCAUCUGACAGGAGCCGCCGCCACCUUGAGCCAGUUACUCAUCUGCCAGUCGCCGUGGUGAUCGUAUAUAAAUCUCUAGGGACGCUGCUUCCGGAGAGAUAUGACCCAGACCGCAGAAGUCUGAGAGUCCCCAACCGUCCGGUGAUUAACUCAGCCAUAGUGAGCGCCACAGUGCACAGCGAGGGUCCACCUCUUCCUGCGGUUCUGGACCCACCCAUCACAUUGGAGUACUCACUGUUGGAAACAGAGGAGAGGACAAAACCUGUUUGUGUCUUCUGGAAUCACUCCAUUGCGAUCGGAGGGACUGGCGGGUGGUCGUCAAAAGGAUGCGAAGUGCUCAACAGGAACAGCAGCCACAUUAGCUGUCAGUGUAACCACAUGACCAGCUUUGCCGUGCUCAUGGACAUGUCCAAACGAGAGCACGGUGAUGUUCUGCCGCUGAAGAUCGUCACCUACACCACAGUGUCGGUCUCCCUGUUCCUGCUGCUGCUCACCUUGGUGCUGUUGUGUCUCCUGCGGCACCUCAGCUCCAACCUGCACGUCAUCCACAGGAACCUGGUGGCGGCACUGUUCUUCUCCGAGCUCGUCUUCCUGUUAGGCAUCAAUCAGACUGAAAACCCGUUUGUAUGCACAAUAAUAGCCAUCCUCCUGCAUUACUUCUACAUGUGCACCUUUGCUUGGAUGUUUGUGGAGGGCUUGCACAUCUAUCGCAUGCUGACGGAGCUGCGCAACAUCAACCACGGUCACAUGAGGUUCUACUACGCCAUGGGCUGGGGAAUCCCGGCUAUAAUCACUGGCUUGGCUGUUGGCCUUGACCCUCAGGGUUAUGGGAACCCCGAUUUCUGUUGGCUGUCCGUCCACGACAACCUCAUUUGGAGCUUCGCAGGACCCAUAUUUGUAGUUGUCCUGGUCAACAUUGUGAUCUUCAUCCUGGCGGCAAAGGCUUCCUGCGGUCGCAGGCAGAAAGCGGUUGAGAAGUCAGGCGCUAUCCUGGCUCUUCGGGUGGCCUUCCUCCUACUGCUGCUCAUCAGCGCCACCUGGCUGCUGGGACUGAUGGCAGUCAACAGUGACGUGCUCACCUUCCACUACCUGUUUGCCGGCUUCAGCUGUCUGCAGGGUGUCUUCAUCUUCUUCUUCCACAUCGUCUUCAACAAAGACGUGAGGAAACAUCUCAAGUACGUCUUCACAGGAAAGAAGAACCUACCAGAGGAGACGGCUGCCACACGGGCCUCUUUGCUCACGCGCUCUCUCAACUGUAACAACAUGGAGGACAGCCACCUGUACCGCUCAGCCAUCGGCGAGUCCACCAUCUCCCUGGAGAGCACGCUCAGGUCAGCAAAGAGCCGCAGCAGUUACCUGGCUUAUACACUCAGGGAAGAGUCAGGCCAGAAGCCCAGUGUCUCAUCAGGAACAGUGAAAGGACACACUGAUCUUGACGGGCCCCUCUUCCACAGAAGUGCCUCCAAGGGAGAUGACUCUGACUCAGACAGUGAACUGUCGCUGGACGAGAACAGCUCCUCCUACGCCUCGUCUCACUCCUCGGACAGCGAGGACGACGACAUUGACGUGAAGCCCAAAUGGAAUAACGAGAGGCAGCCUGUUCACAGCACACCUAAAGUGGCCUCGGUGUCCAAUCACAUGAAGCCGUACUGGCCAACGGAUGCCACGACAGCCAGCGAUAGCGAGGACCCUAGUGGUAUGGAGAGGCUGAGGGUGGAGACGAAGGUAAAUGUGGAGCUGCACGCUGAAAAUAAGCUCAACCACAAUGGAGAAAGAGACAAGGAGGCACCUCAGGAUGGAGUCAAGCUGACAGCUAGUCAUGCAAAGGAUACAACUACAACUACAACUAUAACAACACCAGCUGGUCAAACCAACAGCAACCACCAACCAGAGCAGAGAAAAGGUAUCUUGAAGAACAAGAUCAGCUACCCGCCCCCGCUGACCGAUAAGAACAUGAAGAACCGUCUACGGGAGAAGCUAAGCGACUACAACUCCCCCACCAUCACUUCCCCUCCGCCCAACAACAACAUGGCCGCCCCCCAGCCUCCCACUUCCGUCAACAUCAUGGCGCCUUCGUCCCGGCGACCCUCGUUGGCCUCCAAUGAGGGAGGAGGUCGUCCACCAGGCAACCACGACAACGGCUCCCUCAUCAAACCGCCCGUCGCGCCGAGGCCGCAGAUUCCCAUUGAAGCAUUGCAGGCGGGGAUGUACCGCGACACGAACGGCGGGGUGGCCAUGCACUUGAAGUCGGGGACGGUCAACGGCGGCAAUGGAUCUGACUCCGAUGGCAGUAACGAGACUUCGAUCUGACCUGUUAGGGACAUUCAGACCAGCCCGCCGUUGUGAGCGGACAGGACGGGAGGAGCGCCACAGUCGUCUCCACACCUCUCUUGGAGAGCAGUAUUAAACAGCAGACAGAAGGACUGCCUUGGAAAAAGAAGGAUAAAGGGAACAAACUGGUAUGAAACCUGUGCCAUAAAAGGAAAUAUAAGGGGGGGUGCAGAAACUCAACACAUGAAGACUUCCCCAUGGAAUAUAUUGCAAAAUGACUUCACCUCUGAGGUGCACUCUGCAUUGUGACUUCCCAUGUUGGUGAUCAAAGGGAGGAAACACUUUGGGACCCAGAUGCAUCACGACGCAUCAACAUGUUGGUACAUUGAAGUCCAGUCGGAUUUCAAGGACUAGAAGGCACAAACACACACAAGUGCGCCUUUUGUUUUUCUUUAGUUGAACUGUUUUGAUCAAACUUGAACAAUCAGGAGAGCACACGUGCCUUCGUCUAGGACUGGGGCCUUCCAAACACACACAUGCAUUUUAAAUGGAGCGAGAAAGCACUAAUGGAAGGACGGAGAGGCAUUUUAGCACUAGAAACCUGUGAAGCCUUCUUUACCACUUACCAAAGUCAUGAAGCUUUUGCCGAGUCACAUACUUAAAACUACACACACCGAAUUUGGGAACCACCCAGAGUUUACCAUCUUGCAGCUACUUUCAGGUAACUUCAUGUUUACCGCUCACAAGGUGCCUUUUUGGACCGUACAUCCUUUCUACUGUGUUCUGCCUGUGUAAUCAAUGUUGUUAAUACAUGCUUUUUUUAAAAUGAUCAGACACUGGAAAUGUUUUGUAACAUAAUGUAUAUUUAUUUUUUAUGGACUUUUAAAACACUGGAGUAAAAUCAUUUUGAUUUUGGCUGUAAAA